AUGGGGCCCCACAUAUCUUUUUUUGGUUGUGGUGGCUAUGUCAAAAAUUUGGGAAAGCUCUUUUUAUUCUACGAGUUUUUCAUUUCUACUCCUUUUUUUGUUCCUAACGUCAAGGUUGUAUCGAAGUGGAAGUGGUUGAGCGGUCGAUGCGUUGCCAUAAUCGUUGGGUUUGGUGCUAAUUGGAUUUACAAAGGGUAG